GCUGUACUGUCCCUGGCCCGCUGCUUUUAUUCAUUGGAUUUCACUUCUUAUAAUCAUGGAGACUCAGCAUCUGUGCCCCCUAUCAGUGCCCAUCAGUGCAGCCUAUCAGUGCCCAUCACUGCACCCUCAUUAGCGCACAUCAGGGACAUCUACACUGAUCAUCAGGGCACUGAUCAGUGCCCUGAUGAUCAGUGUAGCCUCAUCAGUGCCACCUGUUAGUGUCCAUUGUCACCUGUCAGUGUCCGUCAAUGCCACCUGUCAGAGCCAAUCAAUGCACAUCAAUGCCACAUAUCAUUG